AUGGCGUGUUUUCACUUGAGGCUCGUGAGCCUUCUGAGCUUUCAUACUUCAGCCGAAGUUGCCGCCGAGUUGCAGGCAUUCUGGCAAGAAGAAGGCCAAAGGCGUCUCUGGCCCAAGAAUUGUUCAGAAAAAUGGUGGCAGGAGACAGAUGAAUGGGAAGGCCUGUCAGAGCAUGAAGGUCAGGAACAUGAGGCUUCAGAGAAGAGAGAAGUAGGUCAGUUGCAGGGGCUGCUGCAGGACGCAAGGCAAAGCAAAAACAUCCACCACGAAGUUGCCGAGUUGGUCAAAGGUUUUCGAGAUGGUGUUGAUCACGGGCCUCCUGUUGCAGCUAUUUUGGCUGACUCCAACAAUGGCAUCAAUGAUGCAAUGGAAAAACCGGUGGCCGCAUCGAACAAGACUUUGGCGGGCAUUCUUCAAGAGGCUGGAUUGGCAGGUGGCUCCAGACUAGCCGACAGCCAAGAUGUGAUUUUGCAGAGAGCAAUUGCGUUGCGUCCAAAAGUCAUUGAUUUGUGCAACCAGAUGCGAAUCUGUGAAGGUGAGCUGAGCCGAACCCAAAUCAACGGCAAUACUCCGCAAUUGAGCCAACACAACCAGCGCAUGCAUGCGGUAGCCUUGGCUCGACAGGCCUUCCAGCAACAGACCGGUCGACAGUCAAGGGCAAGCCUGUGGAUGGAUCACCAGAGCAAGAUACUCCAAAAAUUCAACAACAAGGACAGCAAAGAGGGCGCUUCUGAUGCUGUGGUCCACACGGUCAAGGAAUUCGUUCCAUGUGGUUGGAGAUUUGAAAGCAAUGGCAGCAGACAGUAUCAGAUCGUGCUCGUACGCAACAGCCGCCACGGCCACAUCUACUUGGCGCUGGUCACCUCUGUUUUCCGGGGCGCCUUGUUUCGUAAGCACACUCCGGCUCAAGGUGCCACUACAUUUCGGCCAAAACUGUCUGCUUCACCCAUACCCGCAGAUUGCACGGCUCGUGUGCAUGUGGUCUUGCUGCAGCCUCGAAAGUGUGGCAACGUUGUCUUGUUGGAAGCCUCCUGCGUGAGCUACGCCAUGUCCCUGGAUCCACACGAUGAGGAUUUUCUGGUGGUUGGACAGAUGUCCCAAAAUGCAUUGACAAUUUCGGAAACCGACAGCAAGUUGAAGGUGGAGAUGGCACUUGAAGCCUGGCAGGUGGUGCGGGAGAUGCGUGAAGCUCCCAUUGCGGCCAUUGACAGCAGGCUUGGCCCAAGACCGAUUUACACCACGGAUUCUUUCAGCAACAGUGUCAAGGGGCGAAGCAACCUGGAGAAUUUCUUGGGCGAUUUGAAAAAACUCCAUGAAGAAGCAGGGGCCUCGCUUGUAGACAAGGAGGGGCGGGUGAAGGCAUUGGCUGGCAAACCCUUGUUCACACACCUAGUCCUGCGGGCUUCUGGCUUCUUUGCGCUCGAGUGGCGGACCAAAAAAACGAGCGCGGAUAAGCUCGAGUAUGGCACAUGGGUCCUGCAACGGCUUCGCGCUUGCCUCCCGUCUCCAUCUCCUGCCAGUCAAGCCUCUCGCUUUGAAAAGUUGUUGCUCGUCUGA